AUGGGACUGACCGGGUUCACGGGGCUUCGGGGAAUCCUUGGACAUCCGGGUUCAAAAGGUCAAAUGGGGCAACAGGGGGAGAAGGGGCCACCCGGAGGUUCUGGUGUCACUGGAACGGCAGGCCAUCGAGGAGAAAAAGGGGAGACGGGUUACCGAGGACAGCUUGGUUUCCCAGGUUUGCUGGGUCCACGAGGAGAAAAUGGAAUAUGCCCUGCAGCUUGUCAGCGUGUUAAGAACCCCCCUGGUCUACAAGGACCCCCGGGAUCAGCCGGAGUCCGGGGAAUUAAAGGAUCCCGAGGUACCAAGGGUAAUAAGGGGGUGUCGGGUAAAGCCGGAGAUCCCGGGAUGAGGGGCCAGAAAGGUACCCUGGGUGAGCAAGGCAGCUGUAAGUGUGCCAAAGGAGCAGCAGGUAACAAGGGAGCUAAAGGGGACUCGGGGGAUCGAGGUACUGCCGGCCCACAGGGGUCGAAGGGCAGUCCAGGAGUUCCGGGCCCCGCCGGCUCCAUUGGGCCUUGUACCCCUGCCAUCAAGUCAGCUUUCUUUGCACAUGUCAACCAAUCAUUUCCCGCUCCUGAGCGGCCCGUUCCUUUCCCGCAUGUCAUCACUAAUCAGCAGGGCCACUUCGACCCUCUUUCAGGGAUUUACACAGCCCCCGUCAACGGUACCUUUGUCUUUACCUUCCACCUAGCGGUUGCCCAGAAGUGGCUAGAUGUGGCUUUAUUCCUCAACUCCCAGCCGGUGGUCAACAGCAAGCGCAAGUACACCUUUGGCCACACGGUGGUGCUGCAUUGCACUGCGGGGGACACGGUGUAUCUUAAGGUGAAGGACGUACUCAGUAACGGUUUGUAUGCGGCUAAAGACAGCAGCAGUACUUUCAGCGGGUAUCUGCUGUGGCCCGACGCCUGCUGGGUUUUAUUCGCUCCACUGUAA